AUGGAUUCUAGUGAUGGUAUUUUUGAGGAGAAUGCAGAGGUGAGAUUGAAGAGGGUGUGGAAUGCAGAUUUGGAUUGCAGGGAUUUUGUUGUUUAUGAGGGCACGGUGUAUUGCCUGACGAACAGAAACAGUAUUUUUGUGCCAUGUGAGGGGAAUGAGUAUGAGUUUUAUGGCGAGGUGCUCAGGAUGUUUGCUUGUGAGCAUUACAUAUACCUGGUGUUUAGGUGUUCGAAGGUUUUUGUUUUUGACGUUGUCUGCAGGGAAGUUGUAUGCAAGAUGGCUGAAGGAUGCUCGAGAGUUUCCAAGGCGAUUGUUGAUGGAAGUGUGAUGUAUAUGCUGUGUGAGCAAGGGAAGAUGUAUAGGAUGUCUCUUAGGGACAUGAAGAGUGUUGAAUUGCAGAGCAACAUAAGCACGAGUAGAAGUGAUAUUGUGGACUUUACGGUGCAUGAGUCUGUGAUGCUUUAUGCAACAGCGAGUGGGGAGAUUCUGUGUGACGGCAGAACUGUUCUGAGGGUGAUUGGCGGGGUUGAUGGGAUGACUUUGUGUGGAGAAUGCCUGUAUAUUGUUAGUGGAAGCGGAUGCCUGCUGAAGUACGAUGUGAAUGAAUGGAGGUUUGUUCAGAAGAUUGAUAGUGUAAGGGUAGAUGUGAUUGGGGAUGAUUUUAUGGUGAUUGGAGAUGCUGUGGCAGAUCUUCUGAUGAGGAGAAUGAUGAGAGUGCCAGUGGGCACAAGGAGGAUGAUUAGGGCCGGCGGAGAAAUAUAUAUGCAGACGCAGUCUGAGAUUGGUGUCUGGGAGGUUAUUAAAGGAAGUUAG